AUGGCCAACACUUGCCUUAUCCUCCUUGUCCUGUCUUUUCUUGUUGCCUUCACCGCAGCUGCGCCAGGUAGGCUGCUCCGCGACGACGCAGCCGAUCUCCAUCGAGAUGUGGACAAUUAUUUCACCAGACACAAUCGCCUCCUCUGCACCACCAAGAGGUGUUUGUUUGGCCAUGCAACUCUUGACUGGCUGACAUUCACUUGCAUCUGCCCAGAUUGGAGUCAAGACCUGUUGAUCCAUCCUUGUUUGACCACAACCUGCGACAACACCGUGAAUCCCGUGUACUCGAUCCUCGAUGAUGCUUGUAUUUGUGAUUCAAACCAGAAUCUUGGAAUUGAUGGGGUUGAGAUCGACGACCUACCCAACCCCACGUCUCCGUCAAUCCACCUUCAACCUCGCCAGCAGCCUGAGACUAGCUGGAACAAAAUCGACGCACCAAUCCCUUCCUACCUCCCGCCUCCGAAAGAGCCUACUACCCCCGAACUCUUGAACCAGUCUCUCAAUGUCCAACCGCAAAAUACUGCAACUAUCAGCUCCAUCAUCCCUGACUUCAACCUGGGUAUCUUCCAUAUCUUCCUUCAGCUCAAUGGGUUGGUCGCCGAUCUUCUGGCGGUCAAUGCUAGCGUGAAUCUAGCCUGUGCAUCCAUUGGUCUAACUGACCCUCAGCCCAACCUUGCCCUUGUGCCCAAAUUUGUCAAAGAUGGACAGGGCGCCCCUCAAACUCUAAUCGCCGAUUGUGAAGUCAUUGCUGUCAACAUGUAUACCCCGGAAGUUGUCACCUGUUGGGUUCAAAAAUUGUCCGAUGGAACCAUCUACUCGGUACUCGCAAGCAACAAGGUGCUCGAUAUCAACAAGAUGGACCUCGGCCUCAGUGUCGCUCUUGAAUGGGUUGUCCUCCAACCAACACACAAGCGUGCUCCUUCAAUAUGGCCAAGCAACACAAAUUAUGUCUUGCCGCAGAAGCGUCAGAUCUUUGCCGCUCACUGUGGUCUUCCUUGUCCCUUCUAUCACAUGCGUAUGAUCCAAGGCACCGAUGGUUAUUGUGGUUGCAUGUUCAAGGGGGCCGAUGAAGAGUUUCGAUUAGACCGCCGGACCAUGACCGAGCCAAAUGUCCAUACAGCCAUCAUGACCGAGGAGGCAUGUUCAGCCAUGACGUGCUUCCGUGCAAGUCACAAGGCUGCCAUCUUCAACCCCUUCACCCGGACCUGUUCGUGUGUCAGCGACCCACCCAUUGAGUCCAUUCCUAGUGCAUGGAUCGGCUAG